CGCUGUGAUUGGCUGACGUUGUGUGUGGGGGCGGGUAACUAGGAAGCGCUUGGUACAUGUUGUGGUUCAGUGGCGGAGGAUGCGGAGAGCUGUUUUGCUAAGAGGCCGGUCUACAAGGAUGUGACUGCACCCAUAAUGUGACAUCAUUUAAAGGCGCUGUACACACAGAUCAGGUUCUUGAAGAGUUUAUAGAAGGCGAUUAGCUAUUAACAGAAGUACAAAUACGUCAUAUUCUGAUAUGACACAAACCUGGCAGAUCCACAUAGUGAGUGGGCAGCUCUCUACCUCUGGUCUCUACUAUGGUUCACAGGAGAAGAGAUGGGAACAAGGCCAGCUCCAGUAGUAACUCUUUAAGGACUACAGGAACUGUGAAUACGCCAUGUAGGACUCAUAGCAUAUGUAUGGUCUCUGACUUUUUUUACCCAAAUAUGGGUGGGGUGGAAAGUCAUAUUUAUCAGCUUUCACAGUGCCUGAUCGAGAGAGGACACAAGGUUAUAAUUGUCACCCAUGCUUAUGGGGACAGGAAAGGAAUCCGCUACCUCACCAAUGGACUGAAGGUAUAUUACUUACCUUUAAAAGUCAUGUAUAACCAGUCUACAGCCACUACAUUAUUGCACAGCCUACCUCUUCUCAGGUAUAUAUUCGUAAGGGAACGCGUCACCGUUGUUCAUUCACACAGUUCUUUUUCUGCCAUGGCCCAUGACGCCCUUUUUCAUGCAAAGACUUUGGGACUCCAUACAGUCUUUACAGACCAUUCUCUCUUUGGAUUUGCAGAUGUUAGCUCUGUCCUCACCAACAAACUUCUUACAGUGUCUCUCUGUGAUACAAAUCACAUUAUCUGCGUGUCUUACACCAGCAAAGAAAACACUGUGCUCCGAGCGGCUCUGGAUCCUCAGAUUGUCUCUGUGAUUCCAAAUGCUGUAGACCCUACAGACUUCACUCCAGACCCACAGAAGAAGAAAAGUAAUAAAAUCACCAUUGUCGUGGUCAGCAGACUUGUUUACAGAAAAGGUGUCGAUCUUCUUGGUGGUAUCAUUCCUGAAAUGUGUCAGAAAUAUCCCGAACUGCACUUUCUUAUCGGAGGUGAAGGGCCCAAGAGAAUCAUUUUAGAAGAAGUAAGGGAAAGAUACCAGCUCCAUGACAGAGUUCGACUCUUAGGUGCUUUAGAACAUCACCAGGUGCGGAAUGUCCUUGUUGAAGGAGAGAUAUUCCUGAAUACAUCCCUCACUGAGGCUUUCUGCAUGGCAAUCGUGGAGGCAGCUAGCUGUGGAUUACAGGUGGUGACCACUAGAGUAGGAGGGAUCCCUGAAGUCCUGCCUGACAAUUUCAUUAUCCUGUGUGAACCCUCGGUGAAGUCUCUGUGCACUGGUUUAGAAAGCGCUAUUGACAAGUUGCGGAAGGGAAAGCUACUGAGUCCUGAUGCUAUUCAUAAUACGGUUAAAACUUUCUAUACAUGGAGGAAUGUAGCUGAAAGAACUGAAAAGGUGUAUGAUCGUGUUGCUACAGAGACAGUUUUACCCAUGACUGAAAGACUUGAGCGUCUGGUAAACCAUUGUGGCAUAGUCACUGGGUCGAUCUUUGCCCUCUUAGCAGUCAUUAGUUUCUUAUUUCUGGUUUUCCUACAAUGGACAACCCCAGACUACCUGAUUGACAUUGCUGUGAAUGCUUCAGGUCCUGAAGCCGCUUGGUCACAACGUCACUGUACUAAAAGAAUGAUUAUCACUGAAACGGUUAACAGGAGGAGCUCGAAGAAACAGUCUUAAAAGUCUUGAGGAGUCUCCUGGAAGUUAAUCUUUAUUACGUCAUUUUGUCCUUUUUUUAUGUAUAUUAUUAUUUUUUAUUUUUUUAUAUAAAUGCUCAUUUGCCCCCUUUCAAAGAGGCAACGCAUUACCAGUCUGUAUACAUGUUUUGUUUGUUGUGCAUUAUGUGACUUCGAAUGCUCCAACGUAGUUGUCAUAACCUAUGUAUCUCCUGCCUCUGAAUGUCUUGUACAUUACUUGCACUAUUACACCAUAAACUGUAUACUGAUAUUUCCCUACCUCUUCCAUUAAUAAUGACAGUAUGCCCUGGUCCAGUUUAAUGGGUUUAAACCGUUCUCACUGGCGGGAGAACGGGUUAAACCCGUGGGUCCUGGUUGCUACAGGCAGCCAGGACCCACGGAUAAUGCCCGCCAUUAACCCUUUAGGCGCCGCAAUCAAAGUUUAUUGCGGUGUCUAAAGCGAAAGUAAAAGAAUCCCGGCAGCUUAGCAGAGCUGAUCGGGACAAUCGCUACAAAAUCGCGAUGUCUCGAUCAGCUUACCGGACGACAGGUCCUCACCUGCCUCUCCAUUGUCCGAUUGGUGAUCUACUGAUCCAUGCCUGCGCAGCAGGCUAGAGCAGCAGAUCACCAAUUACACUGAUCAGUGUGCUUUGCAAUAGCAUAGCACUGAACAGUGUAUGCAAUCAGAAGAUUGCAUGUUUUAGCCUCCUAUGGGGGCAAAAAAAAGUUCAUUAACCCCUUCCCUAUUAAAAGUUUAAUCACCCCCCUUUUUCCAAUUUUUUUAAAUUUAUUUUUUAAUUUUAAAUAAAAUAAUGUAAUAAAGAAUAAAAAUAAUCAUAUGUGCUACCGCCGCGUGCGUAAAAUGUCUGAACUAUUAAAAUAUAAGGUUAGCUAAACCACACGGUCAAUGGCGUACGUGAAAAAACAAAACAUAAUUGGGUAUUUUUGGUCACUUCAUAUACCAUAAAAAUAUUAAUAAAAAGCAAUCAAAAAGUCCCAUUAAAACAAAUGGUACAAAUAAAAACUACAGACGACAGGGCAAAAAAUUAACCCUCAUACCGCCCCAUACACGGAAAAAUAAAAAAGUUUUAGGGGCCAAAAUAUGGCAAUUUUAAACAUAAUAAUUUUGGUGCAUGUAGUUUUAUAAUUAAGUAUUAAAAUAAAACCUAUAUACCGUAAAUUGGGUAUCCUUGUAACUGUAUUGACCUAUAGCAUAUAGAAAAGGAGUCCCCAAAAGUUACAAAAUGGCAUUUCUUUUUUUUUUUAUUUCACCCCACAAAUAUAUAUAUUUUUUUGCCGCAGGUUAUAUUAUAAAAUAAGUGAUGUCAUUACAAAGUACAAUUGGUGAUGCAAAAAAACAAGCCCUCAUAUGGGUCUGUAGGUGCAAAACUGAAAGCGUUAUGAUUUUUACAAGGGAAGGAGGAAAAAACUAAAAUGCAAAAGCGAAAACAUUUGCUGAGUCUUUAAAGGGGUACUCCCGUGGAAACUUUUUUUUAUUUAAAUCAACAGGUACCAGAAAGUUUAACAGAUUUGUAAAUUACUUCUAUUUAAAAAUCUUAAUCCUUCCAGUACUUAUUAGCUACUGAAUACUACAGAGGAAAUUGUUUUCUUUUUGGAACACAGUGCUCUCUGCUGACAUCUCUGUCCAUUUUAAGAACUGUCCAGAGUAGGAGAAAAUCCCCAUAGCAAACAUAUGCUGCUAUGGACAGAGAUGUCAGCAGAGAGCACUGUGGUCAUAAUGUCAACAGAGAGCUCUGUGUACCAAAAAGAAAACCAUUUCCUCUGUAGUAUACAGACCCUAAAAAGUACUGGAAAGA